ACAUUCUGAAAGGCGAGAAGAGGGAUCACAGGCGAGGAGAAGCACACAAGAAGAGCUAAAAUGUCUAGUUUUUCCGACAAGUUCAGCGCUUACACGAUGACUGAACUCAACGAAAUUCUGGAGGACGACGAAAAACUCACACAAAUGGUCCAGGAGAUGGACGAGAUGCAGGAUGUCCAGCAGAGCAAGGAGAUGACGCUGAUCAACAACCGAACCCUGGCAGAGCAAAACCUCGCCCUGCAGCCCAGACUGGAGCACAAGAAAGAGCAGCUCACCAAGCGUUACAGCUGCCUGCAGGAGAACUUUGAGUCCUAUCAGCUUCGCAAGUCCACCCUAGACCACAAGUCAGGAAACACCUCCCUGGACAUUUUGCUGGCCCUACUGCAGGCGGAGGGAGCCAAAAUAGAAGAGGAGACAGAGAAUAUGGCAGAUUCAUUCCUGGAUGGUGACAUGACCCUGGAUUCCUUCAUUGAUGCCUACCAGAGCAACAGGAAGCUGGCUCACUUGAGAAGGGUGAAGAUCGAGAAGCUGCAGGAGAUGGUGCUGAAUGGCCAGUGGCUCCCCCAGGCGUCGGUCCCUACCUCACGUUCUCAGGAUGUGUCAGCUGCAGCCAGGCCCUCGUCCUCCUCCCUCCUCACCGAGGCCGGCAGCAGCUCUUCCCCCGUCGCCCAGCCGAGGAGGAAACCCCCACCCCCUCCAUCCCAGCCAGCCCCAGUUCUAAAUCCAGCUCCAACCGCUGCCCCUCAGCCUUCUGUCUUCUACCCCGCAUCGCCAUACCCGCCGAUUCCUCCCAGAACAGGCCAACCCUUCCCCAGUGUCUCCUCUGGCUACCCGAACCACUUUCUAUCUCAGUACCCCCCUGCUUUGCCUCAGAGGUCCUCACCGCGUAUGGCCCCGCAGCCUGGCUUCAUUAUGCAGUAAAUAAAAGCAGUUGCCACUCAGAGGACGCAGUGUGCGUGUCGUGGACCUUUCACUGCCGGAGCUCCUCUGAGAACACUUUUUCUACGUCGUCGGCCUUCUUGGAAUACGACCAGUCUCAACACAAGAAGGCGGACCUCUACUGGCUGAUCUGGUCAGGUUCGGAUGAAGCAGACCUCCAAAAAUCUCUGUGGAUUCGCGCUCACCUCUCACUCCCAUCAACACUCCCAACAAAAAAAGACAUGACGAGAUCGGCCUUGAGUCUCAGUAAGCUGAGUCCUGUCUGCGGACGGGCCCGCUGCAGGCCUGUAGUGAAACAGUCUGUGGGUCAUUGAGCCGGGACUUGUCAUUUAUCAGCACUUUCUGUCUCCUGGCAGUGCCCAUUAGUUUUCUGUCUCUCACCUCCCUUCAAACAAGCUUUUACACAACAGUAAAGUCUUUCAAAAAAGGGUUGAAUUAGUCAUUUCCAUCUGCAGCAUACUAAUUUAAUGGUAAUGUAUAUGCAAGCAAAGAGAGACCCUAAUUACUGUGCAGUUUUGAUGAAAAUAUUAUUUCCCAGAACAUAUUCAGGCAAAACUGCAUCUAUGCUGUGAUUUUUUUUUAUAUACAAAAAUUCACAAGGUACAUAGAAAUAUUUGAAUUUCCUCAUCUUUUUAUGAUAUCGUACUAAUGGAGUUGUGUUAAUAAUAGCCAGGAUAGACUGAUUAACAUGUAAAGGAGGGCUUUGGUUCGUCAGUCUCUUCUUCAAUGUGUGGGUGAGUCUCAAGAGAGUCCGGACCUGCCUGGUUUAAGAUGGCUGACUGUUGUACUUGGCCCAUCUCGGGGCAGAAGUCAAAGGGAGUCGAACGAGAGGAUUAGCGGCUGAGCUAUUGUAACAAAUGAACUGAAAUGAAGGAUUUAUGUAUAGCCAUACAGUACACUCCUGGUGUGUGUUGUUUUCUGUGGGUUCCUGUUGUAAUGCACUCCUCGAUGAUGUCCAUUGUCUUUCGCACCCUCAGUUGGGACUGGAGAUGAUGCCAACAGUUCUUUGGAUCUCAUACGUAUGUUUCUGUUCAGUUUUCUGUCACACUGAGCACCAAAGACUUCCCACAUCACUCUGUGUUCAGACUCUUUGCUGCGGUCUUUUUUUUAUGUAAAUGAGACAUUUAGUGAGGUAACCUUAUCAUCUAUCUGUAUGUUGCGUUGAGCUCUUUUGUGAACACACAAGCCACAUGUCUUCAAGAGGAACUUGCAAGAUCAACCUGGCUUUGGGAGGAAACUUUCUUUCUGGUGCGAUAGAUAUUCACUUUUUUCCUCCCUACUGCUGUCGCUGUGCACUGUUGAAGAGCCACGAGUGCCUACACUUGAAGUGACGUUGAUCACGUCCUGCUGACUACUCCAUGUAUCUCUAUGCUCAGCUGUAGACGUUAGUAUCCCCACCCCAGCCCCCAUCCCUUCAAAGAUAGAGCUGGCCAAGCAUUUGGUUUUCUCCUCCUGCCGCUGAUUUCAUGUCACACCAUAAAGUCGAGGAGGCAGUGUCUGACUGUGGGUCUGUCAGGCUUUGCUUUCUCACUUGAGGCAGAGGGCCAGAAUAGAGUGAUACUGAACAUGUGCCAGAGAGACAAGAGACGCCCUCAGGCUGUGUGCCUAAUGGUGCUUGUGCUUCUCUUCCAUUCCUCCUCCAAUGUAUUGAGAUUUUCCUGGGGUGAAUUUUCAAGAUUUUUGCAUGUGUUCGUUGCUGUUUUUUUUUUCUUCUGGUUUUUCCCCCAAUUGGUAAAAUAACAGGGCUCUGAAAUGUUUUGUGUCAUAUCUUGGUGGUUAUACACCUCAAAGCAAUGAAGUGGACCACAGAAUGGACAAAGCGUACUUGUCAGCAGGCAAAACUACAAAUAGAAGGUAAAGCAUCAACGCCUCAAUGAACCAGCAUUUCUAACAACUAACAAUGGAUAAUUCUUUUGUGCACGGCCUUUGCUCUUUGUGUUCAUUCUGAAGAUUCCUCUUUAAUACUUUUUUUUAGCUGUUGAGCUGCUUUUUUCAUUUGAACUGAUCCUCUGUAUCCAUUGUUUUAUAUGUGACUGGUGAAAUUUUCAGUGUAAUGUUGUAGGUAUUUACUUAUAAUGAAUGUUUAAGUGGAAUUUAAUGCUAUUUUCCAGUUCAAUAAAUCUCAAAUU